GGCUCAGAGAGCUCUCAGAGGCCGGCCGGCAGCGUCCGAGGGAGGGGCGCCGUGUGGACAGCGACGGGAGGCGACGCGGCGUGGUGAUGGGAGGUGAAACGUGCUACAGGCGGUGAACAACGGAUCAGUGCGGUGCUGAACUGAGUGACGCCAGGCUGUGAAUGCGACGCUGGGACAUUACGUUUGAGAUCGGUAAUUACGUCAGCACUAAAGUGACGUUCGCAUGGGACAGCGCCACUCGACAGCUGGCAUCUGCUCCGAGUUGGAAGACGGCCAUCCCUGCCGAUAGUGAUACGUCGCAGUGAGACGAGAGAGGUGAAGGACGCUGUUACGCAUUCUGUGAGGACAGAACUUAACAUUGUCGCACCGGUAAUAUUCCUCAGUGGAAGGUUCAAGUGACAAGUGGAAAGGCCAAGUGCGUUGUUUCUUUCGAAAGCUCCACAUACAGCGGCUUUAUCAUUCGACGAAUGGAAGCUGAACCAGUCCGCUGAAGCUUCCACCCCUCAAGAUGCCACAACUAGGCGAGGACGUCUCUCUAGUCGAGGUCGCCGGAUCUGGCUCCCUCGCCGUCCCCAUCAACUCUCGGCGCAGCUCUCACGGAGACAUCCCGGUCAUCAAAACUCCCAGCGACGAGUCUGUUGCCAGGGCGCCCAGCGAGCCGCACCUGUUGCCGAACGGCCACCGCUCGAGGACCGCCAGCGACGCCUCGCACCCCAGGACGCCACGGAAGGCAUCCGUAGCGUCCUCGUUCGACGAGAGAGGCUCGCGCGCCUCCGGGCUGUCGCAUGAGCUCCACAUCCCCCGGAUCGCCGUCGCGUCUGCAGACCCCGCCGACGAGGAGCGUCUCUCGGUGUCGCAGUCGAAGAGUAAGCUGGACGAUGAUGAUGACGAAAUUCAGGUGCAGGACUCCUACUACAGCUGGGUGGUGGCCGCUGGCGCCGCGCUGCAGUUCGUUCUGGUCGGCGGCAUCCACAAGUCCUUCGGCCUCGUGCUGGCCGCGCUGGUGCACGAGUACGGUUUCUCCUCGGCAGAAGUGGCGGUCAUCCCGGCCCUCUACUUCUCCUUCAACUUCUUGGCGUCCCCGCUAUGCGGCGCGCUGUGCAGACGUAUGAGCGAGCGCACCGUGUGCAUCAUGGGCGGUGUGGGCUCGCUCCUCGGUCUGGCGCUCAGCGGCCUCACCGGCAACAUCUACAUGCUGUACGUCACCAACGGCAUGAUGUUCGGCGUCGGGCAGGGGUUCGCCAACAUCCCCGGCACACUGAUGGUGAGCAAAUACUUUGUGAAGCGCCGCGGCCUGGCCAACUCGAUCACGGCCGCGUCUGCCGCGAUCGGCGGCGUGUUCUUCCCGCUGAUGGUGCAGGGGAUGCUGGAGGAGUACGGCAUCCCCGGCACCUACCUGAUGCUCGGCGGCAUCCACAUGCACACCAUCAUCUCGGCGAUGCUGUACAGGCCGAUGGAAACACAGCGGGAGAUAAUGCGCAUGGAGAGACGGCGGCAGCUGAGACGGUGUCGCAAGGUCAGCACCGCGGCCGGCGACGACAAGGAGCUGGAGAAGUUGGAAACCGCGCCGGCUGCUGCCAAACUGCUGGAGGUACAGCAUGCUGAAAGGCGCCACUCGGAGGCCCACUCGGAGAUGGAGGACGGCCUGCUGCACCCACCCCUGCGGCAUCGGCACCCCGACGCCUCCCUCGCCACAUCCACUUCGAUGCUGAGCCAGCUGAACCUGGCCGUGGAGGCCCCCGAGGCGCCCAAGUCCUCAGGCUGUAUGCAGCAGGUGCUGCGGUCCCUGGACCUCCAUCUGCUUACCGAUCCGCUGUACAUCGCCUGUGUGACGAGCGUGUUUCUCUUCAUGACCGGCCUUCCGCACGUGUGUCUGCUAAUUCCGCGCUUCGGUCAGGAGAUCGAUGUCAGUCAAGCUGACAUAGCUCGAAUGAUUGCCAUGAUCGCUCCGAUCGACAUCGUCAGCCGUCUCUCGCUGGGCUUUCUGCUGGACCGCAACCUGUUCCACAAGCGCUACGGCCUGUUCAUCACGUGCCUGGUGGGUGGCACGGGCGUGCUGGCGCUCGUGUUCGUCCGCUCGUACGCCGAGCUGUUUGUCGCGUGCUCCAUCGUGUACGCCGCCAUUGGUUUCUACUUUGUGGUGACACCCGUCAUGUACGCCGAGUACUACGGCGUGGAGCGUCUCUCGUCGACGCUGACCAUGUCGAACCUGUUCGCGGGCGUGGCCAACCUGACGGCGCAGCCGCUGGGCGGCCUGCUGCGAGACGCGGCCGGCACGUUUCGCACCGUGUUCGCCGUGCUGUCGGGCUGCAUGCUGGCCGGCGGCGCGCUGGUGCUGCUCCAUCCCUGCAUCGCCCGACGCUCCGCGGGGCGCCGGGACAAACAGGCCGAGACUGACGCCGCCUGAUCGGCCGCCGGCGAGAAAGUCACGGAGCGCACCUAACGACACUCCAACUCCCGAGCCGAGCCGAGCCAGCGGCCACGGCGGAUUAUGAAGACGGACGCGAGGAGCUGCAACUCAGCGAAUCAUGUCUUCAUAAGCGCUAUGUAAUCAUGAUGCAGGUACGGGCGCAGGGCUGUUCGCACCAGGAAAAUUCAUCAGGGAGAAUCUAAUAUUCAAGUCAUGCCGACACAUCAUAGACGCCCGUGUUCCGUUUGUUAGGCCCUCACUGUUUUGUAUUCGCGAUCUGAUUGGCCUGUCCACGUGGUUUCACCAUGAACCCGCGAGCUCGCCACAAGUCGACGACCCGCCGGGCGUUGGAGCCGGUUUUUAUCGCCCGUUCGCUCGGCACUCGGCAGGCGCCCAAUGCCCAUGGCCCCGGGUUCGGUGACGUAACGCGCACCCAGCGGAGCCGGGUUGGGCCCAGCUGGAUGGAGUCCGCUAUCUCAGCUGGAAACGGGUUCCCAGUCUCCGGGCGCCCGGGUCACCCACCACCGCGCCGGACGGAACGGCGUCCCGAUUUUCGCCGACGAGUGGUUGUCGUCCACCAGCCGCCCAUAACCCGGUGGUCUCCGCCAGCUGACGGCGGCCGGCGCAGUCGAGGUGUCAGGGGCUGGCGGGGGGGGGGGGGGGGGGAGACCGGUGGGCCGUACGGGACCGUGUUUUACAUGUGUUUUGUGAGAUUCCUCGCCUACACUUUUAACACGGUUCCAAGCGGGCAGUUGUAAUGAACGAGUGUUUCGGUUAACCGACCUGACUGGGUGGUAGGAAAACGUGAAUGUGUUCAACUGUGACCGUGGUUAGGAGCUGCUGGCGAAAGUCGUUAUGGAAGGCGACCGGCAUGGCAACAGCCAAUAUCUCAGUCAGUCGGAUGGCUGGCGAUGGUUGAUAUUUGAUAGUGAUACGUGAGACGCAGUAGAUCUUUGUACUUUUUUUGUAUUCGAGAAGUAUCGUGAACAAUACAUGAUGACUCGUUUUCCACAAA